UUCCGCAUUUUCAGCACCAGGAGGCCAGUUCCGUUAUGGCGGCUUGGAGGUUGCGGCGGUGUCCGUUUCCCGCCCGAGACUUGUUGCAGAGAAGGCUCGUCGUUUCGGGAGUAUCUGGCUCUUUUAGGGAAGGGGGCGACAGGCACCAUUCAGAAAAUGCAACCCUUCUGGAAAAAUCCCCCAUCGUGAAAGAAGAAACUAUUUUACUUCCAAGAAAAAAAAUCUGGGAUAAAUCAGCAGUUCUUCAGGCACUUGCAUUAACUGUAAACAGGGAUAUUACAGCUGUUCCCUAUACGUUUCAAGAUGAUCCUUAUCUUAUCCCCAGAAAUUCUUCAGAGCAUCAUUUCUUUUCCUCAUCAAAAACAUCAGGACAAAAUGCAGCCAAAUUUGUUAUUAACACACAUCCUGAACUUUUUGAGAAAGACUAUGCUGAACCUCACAUUCAGAGUCUUAUGCCAAAAACGUUGGUAUUGGAACUUGAAGAAGUGAGUGAGGUUGCAUUAAAAAAUCUAAUUCAGCUAAGAAAAGUAAAAGCAUCUGUGAAUAUGUUUGAUCAGCUUCUACAAGCAGGAACAAGUAUACCUCUGGAGACCUCGAACAAUCUUCUGGAUCUUCUGUGUUUUUAUGGAGAUAGAGAACCAGAUCAGGAGAAUGAUAGCAGUUUAGAAAAACAAGAAGACACCGCGCCAAGAAGGGAGUUUGCAAGGAACUCUUCUAAAUCCCGACAAAUUACAUGGAGGGAAAACAACAAUGCUGAGAGAAUAUUUCACCUAAUGCCUGAAAAAAAUGUACAUUCCUAUUGUACAAUGAUCAAGGGAAUGGUGAAGCAUGGAGAGUGCCAAAAAGCUUUUAACAUGUACGCUGAUAUGGUGAAUAAAAAUCUUAAGGCUGAUGUGAGCACCUUCAAUACACUUAUUUUAGCAGCUGUAGAUGUUAAGGAAAAAUACAUUGAGAAAUGGGCAUGUAUUGAAGACUUGCUGAGGCAGAUGGCUGAACAGGAUGUACAACCAAAUCUGCUAACUUUUAAUACUAUCCUGAAAGCAUUGAAGCAGUGUGGUAAAGUAUCCCGGGCUAAGGCUAGACUGAUCUUGAAUGAGAUGAGAGCACUAAAUAUAGAGCCUUGCUUCGCAACGUAUUACCAUUUGUUGUGCAUGUCACAUAACAUUGCUGGAUUUUCUGAAUCCCAGUCCCAUAUACUAUAUGCUAUAGUAAAUGAAAUUGAAAGAAAAACUUUUUGUCCUCAGGAUCCAGAUGAUGUCUACUUCUUUCCAAAUGCAAUGAAAACAUGUCUGGAACUGAAGGACGUUCAACUUGCUUAUCGACUACAUAGAGUGCUGGAGAAAGCAGAUAACAGGAUAAUGUUGGGAAAUAUGACACAGAAGAACUUUUAUUAUAUGUCAUUUUUUGAAUUGUUGGCUGUGAUGGAACACUUAGAUGUUUUGUUGAAGUGGUAUAAAGAACUGGUUCCAUCAGAAUUUUACCCAAAUAUUAGAACAAUAAUGCUGCUGCUUCAGGCAUUGGACUCUGGCAAUUGCUUGGAAUUGAUUCCCCAGAUAUGGAAAGAUAUUAAGCAAUUUGGAUUUAGUCUCAGAGACAUUAUUGUACAAGAAGUUCUGGCUCUUAUGGCAAGAGAUGUACAGACUCCAGAGACCCAAGUUGCAUUUGCUGACUGUGCUGAAAACAUAAAAUCUCUGCAUGACUUAAAGAGCAAGAACAUGCAACUCCUGUGGAAAGACACUUCUCUUAAUAACACCACAAUACUUUUUGCCAGGGCUGGCAGAACACAAGAAGCUUGGAACAUGCUACAGCUGUUUAAAAAAUACUCUCAAGUUCCCAGUGAUUUGACGGUGAAAGAGAUAUUCGGUUGUAUUAAACAAAGUAGACAAGCGGAAAAAGCCCUGGAACUAGUAAAGCUGACUGCUGAAUAUGGGAUACAAUCAACGCCCGUGCUUGCCAAGACAACUCUAGAAGAAUUUGAAUUCUCUGCAGAGCAAAGGCGGACUCUGGUUGAUAUAAUAGAAGGAAGCGAUGGUUAUAAAUAGGGGUCAGAAGAGAAACCCCUUCCUCUUUGCUGAAAGAAAAAGUAACUUACCUGAUCUCAAUAUAGCUGUCAGAGAGUGGCUCUGAAAAUCUCUGCGAACCUUGUACAUAACUGUAUUAUAUUGGUAUUAUUAUCAUGUGGAUUCUCAUCUGAUGGCAGGUGGUAGGAAGUUUUGGUUUCAUCUGUUUUGGAGUGUUUGUUCUCAUUCUCUACCACCUCAGUUUUUAAAACACAGUGUCUGCCAGAAUCCUAGAAUUAUUUACUUACUAUAUUGCAUCUACAUUUUCCUUAGAGAUGCUAAUAGAAAUAAAAAUUAAUCCACUUGCCUCUUUUCAGCAGAUGUUUUUUUAUUUAAGCAAAAUCUAUUUGAACUGACUAAAGAGCUCUAAAGAGGAGCAACAACAAGAAGUGUUAGAAGAAGAACAAGGAGGAAGAGAUAAAGAAGAAGGAGAUAGACCAAGAAAAGAAGGACUGUGAACAAGACCCCAGAGAGAAGCAAGGACCAAUAGAAGACCAAGACAGACCUACUAUUAAUAAGAUGGAAGAAGAAAUUAGAUUAAUUUCACUAAAUAUCAAUGGAUUGAAUUCCCCGACCAAGUGAAGGCAAAUGUUAACAAAAUUAACAAAACAGAAUGUUGAUAUUAUAUGCCUUCAAGAAGUGCAUAUCCAAAAAUCAGAGUAAAUAUUUGGAAUCCCCCAGAUUAGGAAAAUUAUAUGUAGCAUUGGCAAAUCAAAAGAAAAGAGGGGUGGCUAUGUAUAUUAAAAAAUGGAUGAAUG